AUGCCUGAAAUGGAGCCUGAUGGUACAAAUGACAACCCAACUCUGCCUUCAUUUCACCCUCUGUGGCUGUGUAACACCAGUGAAGAUGAGCAGCAAGACUAUGGCUUUGUCAGCAUGGUCAAAUUGGAGCGCCCUGACCGAGACCCACAUCCCUGUCUCUCCCUCUUCAACAAGGCCAAGUUUGCUAUUCAGAGAGGUGCCACAGCAGUGAUUUUUGAUGUAACAGAUGAUGCAAGUGCUGUGGGUCAGCUGAAACAGAAUCAAGAGGAUCUUUUGCCUCGUCCAGUUAUCCUGAUCCAAGGCCGGGAUGCUACCCAGCUGAUGAAGGUCAUCAACACCAAUGGCGAAGCAGUGGUCAGGAUUCAUGUCAAGAGUGACAGACUGGGUCGGCCCGCCUACGAUGUGGGGAUCCUCAUGACCCUGAUUGUGGCUUUCUCAGUAGUUGUCAUGAUCCUGGCGGUGCGAAUCAAGUGCAAGCAGAACCGGACUCGGAAUUCCUUGCAGCAGCAGACUAUCAAUGCGAUUAGCCAACUCGCCACCAGACGUUAUCAAUCACGGCGUCAGUCUCAGAGUCACGAGCAUCAGAACAGCUUGGAUACACAGAGUAGCAAUGUUUCAGAGCCAGUCUGUGCUAUCUGCCUGGAGGAGUUUGCUGAUGGGCAGGAUCUACGGAUAAUUUCUUGUUUCCAUGAAUUUCACAAGGAAUGUGUGGAUCCCUGGCUUCUUCAGCAUCGCACCUGCCCUCUCUGCAUGUACAACAUUAUUGAAGGUAAUUCUUCAAUUCCACAACAGGAAGCUCACAAUCGAGCCAAUCCAGCUGCUCAACUAAAUCAGCAUAUCCAUUUGCUGAGGCAUUACCCUGGCCAUGCACACCUUCACAGGCCAAACACUGCCAUUCCUUCCAGGCCUCCUCGCUUGAACAAUCCCAGAACUCCAGGAAUGCAAAUUGCUCCCCCUGACCAUUACUUUGUUACUCCAGAAGUCUAUCGUGCAGGAUUUAAUGCCGUGAGAUAUGUGGCCUCAAGGCCGCAACAAUCUUCAAACUCACAUAGGUGCAACUAUCGUCAUGCUGAUGGCCAAAGAGUUUUCUACAGACACCAGAGACCCAUUACUGUACGAAAAGGCCCACCAUGGCCGGACCAAGUUCUUCAUCACCGAUGUCUGCAUAAACCUCCCUGCUGGCCGCAGCAACUUUCAGCAUGCAAUGCCCCACCAUCUUCACAUCAUUCGAAGCCUAACUGUACUCCUGAUCAUUCGCAGAUCACCAGCAACCAUGACAACCACAGCUUCUCAGGGGACAGUUUUGGUAUUAACUGUUCAGUGAAAAGUGGAUACCUGGCAGACAGCCCAGGUAGUGAUUCCAGCUCAGGUCCUUGCCACUGCUCCUCCAGUGAUUCAACACUGGACUGCACAGACAUCAGCAACCAGUGUACUUAUGGGAGCCAAUCAACUUUCCGCAGCUCUCUGAGCAGUGAGUAUGAUCCCCUUGUAUACUGUGGGGUGGGUGGGGAAACUAUGAAGAGUUCAUCCUUUGAAGUACAGAGACCCAGGUCCAUGGACUCAGUUAAUGGUCCUCUGGAAGACCAUGCGUUUAGCCACACUCACUACCACCAUCAUCGGCACCAUCACUAUGGCGAUGCUGACCCAAGUCCUGAAGGAGCGCAAUGUAUGAACCCUGGCUGGAGCUCAGCAGAGAAGCGGGAAAACAAACAGUUGGAGGAGUUCAUGAAUGAUAAUGUACACUGCCAGCCUGAGGCAGAGUUCAGCUGCCAAUCCCAGUACACUGCUCAUUCUGUCCAGUGCCCCUACAUGGGGCAGCACCUAUUACUUUCCCCUGGACUUUGCCUUCCUGAAACAUCCCUGCAAACUAUGGAUGGGAAAAAGAGAAAGAGUGAGGUAGUUUGUGCCAAACCAGAUCAAGUGCCUUCAGAAAAUAAAUCCAAUCGGAGCAGCAACAGGAGGAGGCGAAGGAGGAGGAAAAGAAAUUUCCAAAUGGAUCAGCCAAUAGUUUACUUCCAUCAGGACUGUGAUACUCUGGAGGACUGUAGAGUACAUAUUCAUUAUGGGAACCAUGGGAGGCAGUGCCAUCUUCCAAAUGUUCAGCCAUCGGUGCCAAUCCCUUUAAUCCUUAACAAUGGAGCCUCUAAUGAAUGGAGUUUCCCAUUUUGUGAGUGUCCUAGCUCCCUCUGUCAGCAACGACUGUGUCAGGUUGGUUCUGAGCCACAGCUGGCAGAAGAGCAGUACAUGAACAACAAUGAGCCACGACACACAUUUCAAGAGACCUAUACUGAAGGAUAUCGUGAUGGAGUACAAUUACAAGACGAGUCCUUCCACUGCCAGACAAUCCCUAACAAUCCAGGUUCAGAAUCAAAUGUGGAAGAGAUCUGUGAAGAAGCUGUGUAGCUAACUGGACACAGAAAGCAAGCCUGAAGAAGCAUUAUAGCUGGCAGGACAAAGGAUACAGGAGUGAAGAAAUGGUGAAGCCAAUAGGACGAAGGGCGUAGGUGUGAAGAAACACUAAAGCUGGUGGGAUAACAGGGUGAGGAUGAAGAAACCAAGUAGCCGGUAGAGUAAUGCAGGAAGUGUCAACAUGCCAUGUAGCUGGUGAGAUGAGGUGUUCAGAUGGCACAAUAAAGUUUAAUGGAAGAUGGAUCAACAUGACAAAGAACAAAUUAUUUCAAAGUUUGGAAUACUCAGUCCAGGAACAUGAAUCUUCAGAAGCAGCUCUUCAUGGUAUUGGUGCUUAUUAUUCAUUGCCAACUAUCUACUUCACCAGAGACAUGGGGGUAUCUGUAUGCCUUCCAUUUGAUUGGAGAAUUGAAGGGCUUAUUGAUGGGUCUAUUCCAAGUUGUCUUUGUCUUCCAAAAUAGCCCAAGGUAUAGCAGACUCCCAGCACUUGUGACUCAACCCUGACUGUCAGAUAGUAGGAGCACUUAAAGACAAAUGUAGCCUUAUGGGACCUUGUAUUUACCAAGGUUCCUCAGUAUAUUUUGGGUACUUUGAAUUAAGAGCAAAACUUUUUGAAGUGUUGUAUUAUAUUUGUAUAGAAAGACAUUUCAUUAUGGUAAUAUGUUCUUAAUAUAUUUAUUUACUAAUAUAUUUAUCCUCUGCCAGGGUAUGUAAUGUAAAGUGCCUUAUAAAUGAUCAGUGCUGUCACUAACUUGAUGGUCUGACCCUAUUCAGAUUA